AAACUGUGCCAUGAAUAAUGGUUGCUUAAGGUCGUGUGACGAAGAAAGACUCCCGACCAAUCACGAAAGAGAUCCAUGACAACCACACGUCAUCCCGGAAGUGCCAGAGUCAGGUGGGGAUAAUGAACCUCAUCCUCACGCUGCUUUGAGCCAGAUCACGUCAAAUAUGGGCAGGCCUAGGAAGAGGAAUGUUGCCACUGAUGGAGAGUCUCACUCUCAGAAAGAGGAGAAACCACCAAUUCUGCUCAGGAAGGAAAAGAAAAAAGGAAAAACAGACGUGAGCAAGAUCUUCAUCAAUAUCUCCAUCGGGUUGUGCAUUUUCAGCCUUGUCUGGUUCUUCUAUGCCCUUUACAUGAGCUCGGCGUUGGCAAGGAGAGCUGUGACGCUUCAUUAUUCACCUCGGGUCUUAGAUGGCAACAGCACCACUGCAGCUGUGUCUCCUGAGAGGUUCUGGGGCUCGUAUCGACCUCAAGUGUAUUUUGGCAUGAAAACAAGAAGUCCAAGAUCUGUGGUCACAGGCUUGAUGUGGAUGACCCAGUUCUCUCCUACGGGCGUUAACCUGAGGCACACGUGUGAGCAGGGGGAUGGAUUGCGUUCCUACGGAUGGCUGAUGCACGACGGCAUCAACUUUGGCAUGCAGCAGAUCCAAGACACCGAUUUUACGCUCACCACAACCUUUGUGAAACGUUUAGGAGGAGAACACGGUGGCGACUGGACAUGGAGAAUUGUCGGCAAGCAACUAAGCUCUGCCCCUUAUGCUCCAGUGGUCUCGCUGAUGUUCUAUGUGGCUGCAGAUACUCAGGGUUCCCUACAAAUUCACACUAAGGAUAAGACACGCCUAAGCCACGUUACAGGCACUUCAGAGGAACUGGGGGAGUUCAAAAUCACUUUCGGCAAACCCACUGGUGGAGAGGCAUCUCCCAAUAAAUAUGCCAGCUAUAAUUACUUACAGACACUAAGCCCUGGUCUGAACCAACUAACAGACAUAGUGAAGAACAGCCUGAGUCACAGAUUUGUCUUUAGUCCUCCCACUGCAGAGAAGAGGCCUUACAUUGCUGUGGAUACCUCCACACCUCCUCCACAAAAAGAUAACCGCAUCCAGAGUGACUUUGUGGUGCACCAGGUUACUGUCCAAGUUCCAUUCCAGAUUGAAGUUUUGUUUGAAUCUGGAAGUUUCCAUGACCGGCCCAACCAGCUAAAGGGCUCGGUGCUGACUGAGGAGAUUACAAGGCUGAAACGGUCUUACAGUGAGAAGUUUGAGGAGUUAUUCAGACUCCAGGCUAAAGGGUUUACUCCAGCUCAGGAGAGGUUUGGCAAAGCUGCUAUAAGCAACAUGCUUGGCAGCAUGGGCUACUUUUUUGGACAGUCCGUGGUACAGUCGAAUUAUCAUGAACACCCCGUUCUUUACCCUGAGGGUGCCUUGUUCACCGCAGUACCCUCCCGCUCCUUCUUCCCAAGGGGUUUCCUGUGGGAUGAAGGCUUCCAUCAGCUCCUCCUCAGUAAGUGGGACCCUCAGGUGACACGUGAGGCUGUUGCUCACUGGUUGGAUUUGAUGAAUGUGGAAGGCUGGAUUCCACGUGAGCAGAUCCUGGGUGAUGAGGCACUCAGCAAAGUCCCUUCAGAGUUUGUGGUGCAGCACACUGAAAAUGCAAAUCCACCUACAUUCUUUCUAGUUCUGGAAGAGAUUCUGGAACAGGUUGAUGCACAUCCUAAUGUGCCACAACUGCAGGAUACUCUACCUUUCUUGCGAAGAUUGUACCCCCGACUGCAGACAUGGUUCGAGUGGUAUAACACCACUCAAGCCGGACCGUUGCCCAGCUCCUACCGUUGGCGUGGCAGGGACAAAGACACCAACCGCUUCCUUAACCCUAAGACCUUGACCUCUGGGCUGGAUGACUACCCUCGUGCAUCACACCCUUCCGAAGAUGAAAGACACGUGGAUUUACACUGUUGGAUGGUGCUUGCAUCGCGGGUCAUGACAAGCAUGGCGCGGUUGCUUGGGGAACCCCAUCAGGAAUAUGAGCACACCUACAAAACCCUCAGCAACAACAGCCUUCUAAGUGAGUUGCACUGGUCUGAGCAGCUUCAUGCCUUCUGUGACUAUGGUAACCAUACUCAGGCAGUGUCAUUACAGCAAGAAAAGGUUUUUGUGCCACCCGGACAGAUGAGGCACCAGUUACCAGUAAAACGCCUGGUGCGGUCAGUGCGCAAAGCCCCUAAGCUUCAGUAUGUAAAUGCACUUGGCUACGUUAGUCUGUUUCCGUUCUUGCUUCACAUCCUGACAACCGACUCUCAAAAAUUAGAGUACAUACUGAAAGACAUUCAUGAUCCUGCUCGCUUAUGGACACCCUAUGGCUUGCGUUCACUUUCCCGUUCUGAUCCAAUGUAUAUGAAACGCAAUACAGAGCAUGAUGCCCCCUACUGGCGUGGUGCUAUAUGGAUCAACAUCAACUACCUGGCACUAAGGGCACUGCACCAUUACAGUAGGAUAGAGGGACCAUACCAGGAGAAGGCUGCUGAGCUCUAUCAAGAGCUCAGAACUAAUGUCAUCAAUAACAUUUACAAACAGUACCAUGAAACGGGAUACAUCUGGGAACAGUACAGUGACAGCACAGGUCGUGGACAGGGUAGCCACCCAUUUACAGGCUGGUCAGCUCUGAUUGUUCUAAUCAUGGCUGAAGAGUACUGACAUUUCUCCAGGUUCUGAUUUCUUAAUGUCAAAAGGUGCUUUUAUUUAUCUCAAACGUUUUGUGCUAACGAUGAAAUGUUUCAUUUCUUGUUAGAAAAAUAGUGUGUUAGGGAACCAAGUCUUACUGAAAAACGGGAUUAUUUUUAUGAUGAUGUAUUAAGGUCCUUUUAUAAAUUACACAACAUAGAAUGUUGGAGAAAUAUGUAAAUUUUCAACAAGUGGUAAUGUAAUAAGUUUAUACUCAGGUGUCAAACUGCUAUGGGAUUUGUGAGUAUACAGAAAUGAUAGGGCCAGAGAAUAUAAUGUAAAUAAACCACAGGCAUUUUGUUCUGGAAUUCAGGUGUGUUUAAAAGAAUAAAACGAUACCUCCCUGUA